AUGACAGGGUAUAAAAAUAAACGUAAAUUUUACGUGUAUGGAUACUUAAUUUUUUUUUUGUUUCAGAUCUCUAUAUUUUUUAUUGGUUUGCUAGUUGUCAGCUUAAAUGCGCAACCGCAGAGAGGAAAUGAUCCCAUACCUAUACUUCGCUUUGAAUCAGACGGGCCAAAUGUAGAUGGAUCCUAUAAAUGGGCAUUCGAAACUGGUAACGAAAUAGCAGCGCAAGAGAAAGGAUACGUAAAGAAUUUCGGACAAGGUGAAGGUAAGGAGAUACAAGUCGCUGAGGGUAGUGUCAGCUACAAGGCACCAGAUGGGUCACCUAUCGCUCUCACAUACAUCGCCGAUGAAAAUGGGUUCCAACCUCAGGGUAAUCAUCUUCCAACUCCGCCACCAAUACCUCCCGCAAUACAAAGAGCUCUGGAAUACAUCGCAGCCAAUCCUCAGCAACCAGGUCAAGGUCAACCUCCAGCAUACAAGAAUAGAGGAAAACGUUAAGCGCCAGAAAGAAAGAGUGUACAACCUAAAACUGCCAAUUCAUAACACUUUUACUAAUUUCCUGAUAAUAUAAAAAGAAUCUUCACUGUAAAUUCGGGUGUACAUCAAAAACUCAUGAAGGUCUCUGCAUCCACGAACAUUGCUAUGAAUCACCAUUCACAGUCACUGCUAGUCAAGCAGAAAGUUCAAAAUAUUAUUAACACAAUAAUAUACCUACGAAUCUAUUGAUCUGUACCCGCCUUUAAGAGCAUGAGGUAUUUAUGUAACCUAUAACAUCGCCUUGAUAGUUAUGGAGAUAUUACACCUGCCGAAUAUUCACGACAAAGUGUCAGUCACAGCUAAAAUAAGCGAUUUUUUCAUAUAAAUAUAUGAAUUCUCGUCGGAAAACCUAACAACUAAGCUCAUUUAUCAUACGCAUAUCCAUCUAUCAUUUUAAAUUCACAAUGGAUUUGAAUUCAAGCACUAUCUAGUCUUUACAGGACGCACAAAUUAUUCUCAUAUUAUAUUGUAUGUCGUAAUUCCAUUAAGAUUCUACAUAUAAUAAAAUAUCAUUUAACACGCCCAUUUAUAGUGAUCAUCAAUAACAUUACAAAAGCGAUUCGCAGAAUUAUAGUUUCAUAGCUAUUAUUACUUGUAUCUUUUAAUACUUAUUUUUAUUAAAUAAAAAUAUAAAAUAAAUACAUUUUAUUACAAA